UUAUGCAAAUUGGCCUCUUUUAAUGAGAGCGCAUGCGUUCAUCCGGGCAUUCCGCUUCCACUGUUAGCAGCUGCAGUAUCAGUAUUUUGGUUUGUUGUCAAAAGUGUAGUUGUUUGUGUCUCCAAAAAUGCACGACUUUGUGACCCUUUAGGACCGACCUUUGUGUCAUAUUGUGUAGUGAGGUUGUUCUUGUGACGUUUGACGAGACUCCAAGCUCAGGGAAAGGAGAGAAGAGGGAAGGCCGAGCGGUUGAAGUGAAGGCUGUGAGGCAGGGGUAGGCAGAGAUGGAGAAGGUAGAGGAGAAGGAAGGGAGUGACAAGGAGAAUGAAGAGAAAGAGGAGAAAGAAAAGAAGGAUGCUGCAGACCCUCCAGAAGCCAAGGCAGAAGAAAAGAAACUGCCUAAGCACAGAUACAACAAGGAAGAGUUGAUGAACUUGGCAAAAAGUGGGCCAUCCAAACAGAGACCAGCCUACUUAUCCAAGGAGUUUGACAGUCCGGAGGGUAUCUGGGACCCAGAGCGAUGGCACGCGUGCAUAUCGGGGAAACGGUCCGCCACCAGCUCGCCGGCGCCUGACGAUCACAAACGGUCUCGUAUGGGUGACGACAGAGAGAUUCGUCGGAAAUCGUUCGCAGAUCCUCGAGAGCGCGUACGAGAGGAUGACAAAGAUGGGAUCGUGCUGAGCCCACAGAGACGCAGUUUCGGCAGCGGCUGUCAGGUCACCACUCAGACAUCGAACAACGAGAAAGGCAGAGGUAGCCCCAUGGACCGUCUGGAUAGAAGAGAGAGCGAGUCGGGUCGCGGGAACCAGCGUCGCAUCGGCAGCGGGCGUCUGAACCUCUUUGAGCGAGAGCGGGAGGCCGCGAGGGACGGGCGAGACCUGGGAAGAGAUGGCCGAGACCGGGAUUUUGGCAGGGAUGGUCGAGACCGGGACAGAGAUCUGGGUAGAGACCGGGACAGAGAUCUGGGAAGAGACCGGGACAGAGAUCUGGGCAGAGAUCACAGAGACCGGGACAGAGAUCUAGGCAGAGACAUGCGGGACCGGGACUUUGGCAGAGAUAGUCGUGAUCGUGAGAUGGACUACAAGGAACGGAACAGAGACAGAGGAGGCAGAGACCGACAUGAUCCCCAAAGACGCAGGCUCAACAGUCGCCCAAUGGACGAGCCGGAGUGGUUUUCCGCGGGCCCCACCAGCCAGUCGGACACCAUCGAGCUUGGCGGCUACGAGGACUACGUGGAACGCAAGAAACGGGACAACAAGAAAGGCAUGUUAGCGAGUGAAACCGUGCCCUGUGAAAGCGACUGUGUUGACAUUAUGUUAAACGGUGAAGCCAGUAGUAAACAGCCCGACAGAAACGGCAGUUUGGAAACCAACAGCUCCAGCUCCCCGGAGAUGUCCCAGGACGGGGAGGGGCGCAGCGGGGCGCCCGCAACCGCACACAGCAGCGACUUCAACUUUGACGAGUUCUUCAACAUUGAUGGCAACAUUCCAGGAUUUCCUAUCUCUCAGAGUCCGGAGGAGAGCGCGGCGGCCAGCAGCAGCCGGUUCAGCCGCUGGUUCGCCAGCAGGAGCAGCAGCCGCAGCAGCAGCCGUAGUAACAGCCGCCCCGGUUCCCGUAGCAACAGUCGCCCCAGCAGCCGGCGCUCGUCCAUCCACGAGGAGCUGGAGCGGCUGACCGCGGGAAUGGAGGACAAGGGUCACUCCCCGAUCGCUCCUCCCCCUGCCUUCAUGUACUCGCAGGGAGAGCAGCAGAAGGUGAACAUCUUGGAGAUGCUGAGUAAGGCACGGAUCCCGGUUCAUCCCCUGAUGGAGACCAUGUCACAGAAACACCACAGUCUUCAACAGCAUGCCGAGGCAGGCAGUGUGAAGAGUGUACAGGAGAUAGAAGCUGAGCUGAAGCAGCUGGUGAUUCAGAAGCAGCAGAGUGAGCAGGCAGGACCUCACAGGGCCCCACAGCACCAGCAGGCCCCCACCCAGCAACCAAUGUUCCCUCGGCAACACCCACAGGAACACCAGUUGCCACGGCAACCCGUCCCCACCCAGCAACCGGCCCCGCCCAUGUCUGGUCCAAGGCAGGGAGGGCCUGUCGGAGGACUGUCGGCGUUUGACAAACUGGUGGCCACAAUGCAGGCGACUGGUACCCUACCACAGCAGCCUAAAGCACUGGUUAGAUCAGAUGGACGCCCCCUGUCACCUCUCCAGGUACUGCAGAUGGAUAACCAGAAGGCCCAGAGAGGGCCUGAACCUCCAAAGGAUGUCAUUCAGGAGCUGAUGAAACAGACGGGUGCAGCCAGCCUACAGCAGGCCCACAUGUCCAUGGCACACUCCCAGCGACACGCGGCACCCCCCAGGGCACCCUCCCCACCCCUCCUGCACCGACCCCCCUCCCCACACGACUUCCUCAUGGCCCAGGGAUCCCCCAGGGUUCCGUCUCCACUAGGUUUCUCUCCAGUGCCCUCCCCCACCCCAGGUAUGAUAGGAGGGUUACAGGUGCCAUCCUCCAUGCCAGGCCAGCUACCAGGCUCACCCAUGACUGGACAGUAUGGAAUGUCAGGAAGCCCGCCCGGAGUGCGGCCACCGUUCGCCCGCGUACCGUCCCCACAGGAACUGGCCAUUCACACGCAGCGCAUCCUUCAGGAGGCCGUCAUCAAGAAACAGUUGGAGAAGCAGCGUGACAGCAUGCGCCGCGCUCACUCCCCCAGCUUCCACCCACACCCCCCUCCCCAGCACAGGCCCCCACAGCAGAUGGGACACCCCCAUGCAGGCCCUCCACACAUGGGAGCCCCACAUAGGGAGCCUCUUCAAGGAGGCCAGCACACGCCUACAUCCACAGCUAACAAGCCCCGUGUUCCGGCAGCCUUCACCCCCACAGCUGUCAUCCGCCAGCUGCACAACAAGCAUGCAGAGGACAUGGACAAGGAGGAGAAGGAAGCAAAGGAUCAUGGGAACCGGGACUCUCCCGUAGCCAGCCUAAUGAAAGAGCUACAGGACAAGAACAAGGAAGAUGCUGAUGGCCAGGAACAGAAAAGUGGACAGGAGGCCGACUCCAAUCAGGAUCAGCGCGCUCGAAGCCCCACAGAAAUGGCCAAGAUCGCUGCCGCCAUCAUCAACAAGCGCCUGGCCUCCAACCGCUCCCCCGUCAACGCCCCCCACCCCCUGUUCGGCCACCCCGUCCCACAGGUCCCCGUGGGCAUGGUCCCCCGUGUGCCCAUCCACCCCGGGAUGGGAAUGGUACCUCCCGGCGUGGGGCUCCCGCCCAACCACAUGUCGAUGAUGAGGGGGAUGGUGCCGCCGCAGGGCGUCCCCGCCCCCCACCCCGCCGUCGCCAUGGGGCUGGCUCCCCCCGGGAUGGACAUGCGUCACCUGUCCCUCCCCCCGGGGUCCCACCCCCAUCCCGCCAUGCUGCAGCAGCAGCUGGCCAUGCAGAAUGGGCUGGGACAGCAGGUGGCCAUGCAGCAGCUCAUGCAGCGUACCAUGUCCCCCCAGCCUAACAGAACCGUGUCACCUCAGGCACACCUGCACCAACGACCUGAUAUCAUCACUAGCCACACCACCCAGAACGGACCGGGCGGCCCCCUGGCCAAGUCGCCCACCCCCGCCGACAACCUUGCCAAGUGGUUUGGACAGGACGUGCUCCGUCAGCCCAUGCCUGCCCCCUCCCUCCCCUCCGGACAGAAGGUCCUCUCGCUAGACGACCUUGAACGACCCCAGCAAGCCGCGGUACAAUAGACCAACUGCUGCUAAAAAGAUCUUCAACGGAAAAGCUACCUGACAGUAAAGAUCUUCCCAAAGAAGAUGUGCGAACACUAAAGAUUGAUCCUUUUUGUUUUGUUAGGUUGAUUCAGUUUUCAAGUUGCGGAGAUGGGCAGGACUUCAUUUUGAUAUGUUAGGAUUACAAGUUUUGAUAAAAGAUGACAAAGAGAGUAUAAGUUUCCAGGUUUUGUUGUUCAGGAGAAAUGAAAAGCAAAAGAAUUAUGUGGUACACGGGUGAAGUCAACGUUCGUUGUAGCGAUUCUGUUUGAGGGUUAUUUACAAAUCAAGAUGCAAUGCCUUGUGUUGUAAAAGCUGCAGUUAUCAAAAGUGAUGCCGCGGCAUUACAGGCACCUAAGUAAAAACAUAAGUUGCCUGCAGUAGUCAAUCUUUGACAAAAUGACAGGCACUGACAUGGUCUACCAGGGGCAGUCUGUGUAAAGAAAAGGGGGGGGUAAAAUAAUCAGUACUGUCCAAGUGCAACCAUAGAAAAACAUGUGUUACAUAAGAGUGUCCCUUUAGCUGUAAUGUUUUUUUCAGUUUUCAUAUUCAAUCGAUAUCAAGAGAAAAAUUAUCAAAGCGGGUUGUAUGAAAAGACGGUGUCAAUUUGACAUUGCAGGAAGAUAAAACUCAAAGUCCAAAUAAGGAACACAGCAUCAAUCCAUACUUGCAGUUUCUCAAUAGUACUUGACUGUUAACAUUGCUAUUAAUUUCCACUUUAAACCUAGUUAUCUGGUUUGUGUCGUAUUGGUUGUGAAGAAAAACUGUAUAUCGUGGAACAUUUCCUUUCAUAGCAAAACGCAUAAAAGUGUCUUGAAUGAUUGUAUCUACAGACCUUUUGUUGUUGUUGUUGUUGUUGUUGUUGUUAUUAUGAUAUUCCAGAAACUGUACAAAUCAGUGCCUGUACACUGUCUGAAGCGUAUAAAGCUGUACAUGUAUAUCCUGCUGUUAACUGCCCUCUCUACAAUACCGGCAGCAUUUGCAGUUGGAAUGGCAUCCUCAGACUUGGGUUUCUCCAACAGCCUUAGAUCAGUGUGCCUAGUUCUGUGGCGUUACAGAAUCAUGUAAAUGUGUGUUCCUCAUCAGUUAUAUAAAAGCAUGUAAAUACUGCAGUGUACCAAAGUGUUUGUGUCCUGUAACCUCUGAAUGUUGAGUGACAGAUGUACGUUCCAACUGCCUAUGCUGUCCGACUGUGUUGUUACGUUGAUGAAGGUUAGACGCCCUGGUAAUAAGAUAUGCCAAAUAGUUACUCAAGCAACUGGAUAUGAUUUUAGAACCGGUCAAACAUUUGAGAUAGCAUUCACUACCUAUAGUGUUAACUGAAACGUCUGAAUGUUUCCAAAAUCUUAUCCAGUUGCUUGAGUUACUGCUAUUUGGUGUGUGUGUUGUUUUUUGGUGACUCUUCAGGUUGAAGCUAUUUUUUCCUUUGUAAGGGAAGGCUGGUUCCUAACUUGUGCUGUCGGUUUGGUGCCUUCCAGCACAGCCAAGCUUUCCGUGAAACAGAUAAAGCAAUGUGGCCAUUUCCAUUUUUUUUAGCUGCAGAACUAUUUUCGUUACUAUGUUCGUACAUUUAGCAGUGAUGUGGGCAUUGUAAAGAUAACUUUCAACAGUACCGACAAAACAGUAUAUAUAAUAUGUAUAAAGAAGUGCUACUACCCAACUCCCCACUCCCAAGCCACUAUGAUCACAGUAAGGGUUAUACGGUGGUGUAAUAAGUUGGUGUCGUUGAAAUUGCCUCUAUUUAUUUCAUCUUUCUUGCAUAGGUCAAUACUGAGCCGUUUGUUAGCUUGAAGGAAGCUUAGUUUUGUGUACAUGUACUGUUUGAAGGUGUUUCAAGUUUUCUCUGUACAUUGUGAACCUACAGAUGUGAGUACAUUUACUAUAUAUAUAUGUGAGCCCCUCUAUUACAUGUUUUAGUGUAGGUGUCUUGUUUCAGACUUGGUGUCAAUGUGUUGGUGUUUAGAUUGUUCAUGCAGCUAAUUAGAAGAUGGUUCUCAUUUUGUAUAGGUGGGUGGGUUGAAGCUAAAUUUCUGAUGUUCAUUCGUACACUGUAAAGAAAGUUUGGAAGAAGGAAGACCGGUCUGCCAUGGAAUUUUAAUUUUUGCCCCCCCUCCCCCCCUUCUCAGAAUAGUCAGGCCAAAAUAGUAUUGUGUGUACCAGCCAUACAAAAGAACGGCUCCUGUAUACUGCCUGUGAGUUAACUGGAAUGUUAACUCUUUCCCUGAUUUUCAGGUAGCCAAUGCAUGUUCAGUCCAUUUGUUCAGUUCAGUCCUUAGUAGGGAAAAGUUUCCACAUUGCUGUGGCUUCUAAUUGUAAGGUCUUCUACUCCUACUACUUCUACACUACUCCUCAAUGUACUUGUCAUGUGAAAAGUUAGGAUCUUUACCACCUGUAUGCCCCUGUCUUAGAGUCAUGUCAGAGUCUGAUUUGUACACCAGACUUAAGAAUUUAUGAAAGAAAAAAAAUUAUGUUCUUGUUAUCAAAAGGAAAAAAGUCAUGUCUAUUUUGUACUACUAUGUGUUCUAAAGAGUAAAAGAAAGGAAAGCUUACAUGUCGAGAUCACAAGUAUCUGUGCAACUAGAGAGAAACCAACCCUACACAGUUCCCAUGAAAUGUUGCAGUAUUGUUUAGUAGAUUCCCUUUCCAGAGAGGUGUAAAAAAGAGGGUUGAUAGCAAGUCUUAAGUUCUUUUGUAGAAGAGUUCUUAAGAAGAAUGAGUCGGUGGAAGAAAUUAUUUUCAAGAGAACCAUAUUCCUGUCGCUCCUUUUUUGUGAUGCCCUUUCCUGUUUUGCUUUCGUCAGCUUUUGAGCGAUGUAAAAUGACAAAGAAAGGCUUGUAUGCCCAACUUUCAUGUUAAAUAAACACGAGUAUUUGGUAAUAAA